AUGCUGGCCCGAGAUGUUCGUGUGAAGGCUUCUGCUCACAUCAAGCAGCUAAAUGAACAGACUAAAGACCUUUCCGAAGACAUUGGUGAACUUGAUAUAUGCUUGCUUAUUUUACGACACAAGCUUCCUCAAGAAAUGUUGCGCGCCAUGAGAGACAAUGCUGCAUCAAAUGAAGAGGCCAUAGCAUCCAUUCAAAAGGCCUUGGAUAUUGAAAUUCGUGUGCGAAACGGAGCUGAGAGGCUAAGCCAAACGUAUAAAGAUGGUCCUCGAAACUGCCUUGAGUCGGCUAGGAAACAAUUGUGGGUAGCUGAGGCGAAGAUCGGCUUUCUGCGGAAUCAGUUGGCACGAUUGAAGCAUGCUGGUUCUGAUGAUCCGACCCUACCAUCGCUUUUGCCUUCCAAUGGUGUCAAAAUUACCUCACCAACUUCCCGACAGCACCUUUUUCCCCUGGAGGAGGAGGAUCUGCAUGCCGUAAGCAUGGAGCUGCCCCUCAUGCUACUCUUGCGACGAGUGAAGCUGUCUUUACCGGUAACUUGA